AUGGCCCUGGCCGCCCUUAGACGGUCUCAACACCCGUGCGCAACCACCAUUCUCUCCAGCCAUCGUGGACGAGCCCAUAACAAUCACACAAAUGCCUCUAUCAACACCUCUCACCAGACCCUACCCCAUCGCUUCUUUGCUUCCUCGACUCACCACCGUCAAGUCACUCAACCACCCAAGAGCUCUACAACAAGUUCGACUUCUGGCGGUGCUUCGCAAGAGAGUGCUGACGGCGCUGCUUCAGCUGCCGCUCGCACAGUUAAGAAGCGUCCAGCAAAGAGCAGCAGUAGCUCCUCAGAGGCUUCCUUGGCGGGGUCAAAAAAGGAUGCAGUCAGUCCCUCUGGUCAGGUUGCGGGGGCGAAUGCAGCCUUGCAUUCAUCUUCUCAGAGAGCGAAUGACGACGACAAGGCAACACCAAGUAAAGGGCGGUCGGGUUCACACUCAGCCAAAGCAACAGACCCUCCAUCGGGAGAAAACAAUGGCCUUGGUACUACCUCGUCGACCAGCUUUUACCCGGCCCAACCCCCAUUUACAAGUUCAUUCCAGUCGCGUGAUACCUUUGGUGGAAGUGGUGGCGGAGGACCAGGCGACUCAUACUCAGCGGCCAACGCUCGCAAGAAUAGCGCAGUGAAUUCUUCAGAAUGGAUGGGCAGCAUUCAGAACCCCAGGACUAUUGUGCAACACUUGGACGAGUAUGUGAUUGGACAGGAAAAGGCCAAAAAGAUCCUGGCUGUAGCCGUUUACAACCAUUACUCGCGCGUAAACGAGAACUUGCGUCAACAGCAAAUUCAGGAGUCUCUGACUGCCAUCUCCAACCCGCCGAUUCCCCCGGGCUCCGUGUAUUACGGCUCGGGUGUCCUGAUGAGUGACGGACCAAGCACACCAGACCCUAUCAUUGAAACCUUUACUUCACCCUCAUCGCCACCUUCGAAUGCAUCAGGAACCGACACUGCUGCAGGAGGCAGCAGCAACGAUGGCAAAGAUACCCAUGCUGUUAGUAGCGACUUGCAUGUCCCAGGCCGACAGGCGAUCCAUUAUCCGCAUCGACAGCCAUGGAUCAACUCGGCGUCCAAUGGACACAGCCCCUCCCCACCAUCAAUGUUCUCACAACCUUACGACACAUACCAUAAGCAACCUCCACCACCACCACCGCCACCACAGCAGCAGCAGCACCGUAAGGCUGCAGACACACCCUCAAAACCGCCAUCAACCAUCUUUGAUAAGAGCAAUGUCCUCUUGCUCGGACCCACAGGAUCAGGCAAGACGCUCCUGGCAAGGACACUGGCCAAGGUCCUCAAUGUUCCCUUCUCCAUGUCCGAUGCCACACCAUUCACGCAGGCAGGAUAUGUGGGCGAGGACGUCGAGAUGGUUAUUCACCGCUUGUUGCAGAACUGUGACUAUAACAUCAAGAAGGCAGAGUGCGGCAUUGUGUUUAUCGACGAAAUUGACAAGAUCUCCAAGCGACCUGACACUAUGUCGAUUUCCAAGGAUGUGUCAGGAGAGGGCGUUCAGCAAGCGCUCCUGAGAAUGCUGGAGGGUACUGUUGUCAAUGUCACAGAAAAGAAUGGCUCUAACUGGAAUGGCGCGAAUGCGGGACGCAAGAAUGGUUUGCCUGGCAUUGGCGGACCCAGCGCUGGAGGCGGAGGACCUGGAGCCAAGGGUGAGAUCUACUCGGUUGACACAAGCAACAUAUUGUUCAUUCUGAGUGGAGCGUUCAUUGGUCUGGAAAGGAUCGUAAUGGACCGUGUGUCGAAGGGAUCGAUUGGCUUCGAUGCUAUGGUCCGAGCACCAUCUUCAGAGUUGAGUUCGUCCAAGGAUGCUUCAUCCCAGGUCAGUCGCCUCCUCGACCAAGUUGACCCAACCGACCUGAUCAAGUUUGGAUUGAUUCCCGAGUUCAUUGGACGUUUGCCUGUUGUCGCUUCAGUCAACCAUCUGGAUGAGGCUGCCUUGGUUCGCAUUCUGACGGAGCCUCGCAACUCUUUGGUCAAGCAGUACCAGGGUCUCUUUGGCAUGGCCGGCAUCAAGAUUCAAUUCUCACAAGCAGCGCUUUAUACCAUUGCCAAGCAAGCCAUUGAGAAGCAGACAGGAGCUCGAGGACUUCGCCGCAUUAUGGAAUCACUGUUGCUGGAUGUGAUGUAUGACGCGCCAGGAUCUUCGAUCAAGCAUAUUGUCAUUGACAAGGAGGUCGCUCUUGGAAAGAAGCCCGCAAUUUGCUUUAGUAGAGGUGCUGAAGGACCCGUUGCUGAGGCGUUGGAUCGAGAUGACCAGGUUGUUAGAGAGUCUGCACAGGAGGACGAGUCCCCAGCUGUUGAGGCAGUAUCGCUUUAG